AGGUAGUCUUCGACACAUUUGAGAAUAACGGUACAACCAUCGUUUUGCUACGGUUCGCUGGUAAUAAUUACAACAUCAAUCUCAAAAUUCACCGCCUUGGUAGGUACCGAGCCGCAUUUGUUGGCAGGAGGGGCAGACCGAGUUCUUCUCCCCAGUAAAAGCCUUUCAUAUCAAAUUUCUUAACUGAACUCAGAGAAAGAUUUACAUAAAAAUCAAUUCAAUUUCAAAAAAUGUCUACAUCUUCAAAUGCUGGAAUUGAUCCAGCUUCGGCAUCUUUUGAAAUUCAAGAUCAUACGAAAUCCAUCAAUCAAAAAUCCGAUAGCGUCAAAGGGAAUCAUGAUGAGGCAGCUCCCACAGCUCCUAGAUCAAUCACGGAUGAUGAGAAUAAUGAUAUUUUACCAAAGGAUGAUCCGGCUACAAUGGCUGCCAGUGAAGAAUUAAAGCAUACCACCAUCUCAGACAGGAUUCCUUUGCCUACAGAAGGCGCCGAAGCAGAAACUCAUACAGAAGAUAAGAAUAUGUCAGGUACAAACAAAGACACCACGCCCGAGGCUGAAUCGAUCGAUGCGCAAGAUGAGGAAAUGAGAGAUCGAAUUUCUUCACCUAAGAAGAAACGUGGUAGAGAUCAAGAUGAUGAUUCAAAUCAGUUGGAAGACAAUAAAACGAGAAAUAAUGGCAGUGUCAGUGAAGGAAGUUUAAAUGGCAGUCGAACGAUGAGAUCAGGUCCAGAAAAGAAGAGACCCAGAGACACUUCACAAGAACCAUCCAGAAUAUCCGAUGGAUCUUUAGCAAAGGUAUAUUUAUUUUUACUUGACAUCGCACUUCGACUUCAUUUACAUUUACUAAUAUGACUGACUCUCAGGAGAUAAACCCCGCUGAAACAUCAAAGACUACCCAAACAUCAACAUCAUCCACCGAGAAUCCUAUCAAGUCAACAUUUGGAAGUACAUCUGGUGAUAAAUUUGCAAAUUCAGGAUUUGGUGCUUUAGCAUCUUCCAGUACUUCCCCUUUUGGGACAAUCGGCGCAUCUAAACCUAGCGUUUUCGGAGGAAAUGCAAAAUCGCCGCUUUCAGGGUUUGGAGCUCUUGCUUCCAAACCAACAAGCUCAACACCUACAUCAUCUAUUUCAGGUUCCUCUGGGGAAAAAACUACAUCUGGAUUUGGAAGCGCAUUUGGUGGUGGUAGUACAUCAGGAUUUGGUGGAUUAGGUUCAGGAAGUGUAUUUGGUAGUGGAUUAAAAAAUGGAUUCGCCGGUGGAUCUGGACCAAAACUUUCGAGCUUUGCUGCACCAGGUAAAGAUAAUGUUGCACUAGGUAGCAAACCAAUUAAACCUUUUGGUGCUCCAGCUAGUGAUGCGGAGGAAUCUGAUGAUGAUGAGGAUGAUAGUGAGGGUGGAGCUGAAGGAGAUGAAGAAGAAGGGGGUGAGAAAGCAGCUAUUGAAGAGAAGAGAAAGACCAAGAAAGGUAAACUAUUGAUUUUACAUCUGAGUUAUGUUCUCUACUAAUUAAUUUUCUAGUUCACAUUGAUGAUGGCGAAGCCGAAGAAGCAACCAUAUUACAAAUUCGAGCCAAAUUAUUUGCAAUGGGAUCAAAGGAAGCAGGUUGGAAAGAAAGAGGAGUCGGUACUCUGAAGAUAAACGCACCAAAAUCUUGUGUCGAUUUCGAUGAAAAUGGCCAUGUAAUUCCGGGUAGUUUCGAUUCAUCAAUGUUAGAAGGCCACAGUGUACGAUUGGUCAUGCGACAAGAAAAUACCCACAGAGUUAUUUUGAAUACAGUGGUAUUGAAAGCUAUGGAAUUCAAACCUAAACCAUCAACUACUUCAGCACAGGUUUUAUUUACAGCUUUUGAAGGAGAGACAGAAGCUAAACCUAUUAAUAUGAUUCUCAAGGUUAGUUUUUCUUUUCUUUACGUAUGAUGGAAUCUGGGAAUUUUGGCUAAUCCGGGGUACAUCUAGAUGAACGAAAAUAAUUACAACUUAUUCAUAAAUGAAAUCGAAAACAUUCAACAUGAGCUAUAACCUAGGCAUGAGAGAGAGCGAGAUAUCAUCCAUCACGCAACGAACUCACAGACAAAAAAAAGAUACCCACGGAUUCACCAGCUUCGUUUUUUUUUUCAAUAUGAUGACAGGGAGGGAGGGAGGAUAGGUGAUGUUUCCUUGUUUUUUCGCCGCCGAUAUACAUACAUACAUACUUGGUGAAGCUAGCUUUCAAUUGAUUCAAUUGUUCGGAAGGAAGGGAGGGACGAAGG